UGACUGGGGAGAGGCUGCCCCCGUCCAUGGCUUGGCCUCCCCCAGGCAGCAGCAGCUCCGGCUCCCGGGGAGGAGGGGCAGGGGCUGCUGCUCCAUGGGGAGGAAGGGCAGCCCGCGGCCCCCCCAGGCCGAGGGGGGGUGCGGGCCCGCCCGCCCCUCCCUGCUGUGGGCCCUGCCCGAGGAGCUGCUGCUGCUCAUCUGCUCCUACCUGGACGCGCAGGCCCUGGGCCGGCUGGGCCAGGUCUGCCGGCGGCUGCGCGCCUUCUCCGGCCGGGACCUGCUCUGGAGGCGCAUAGCCCGCGGCUGCCUCAACUCCGGCUUCACGCAGCUCGGCGCCGACCUAGCGGCUGGCAUCCCAGUGAAGGAAAGGGUGAAGGUCUCUCAGAACUGGAGGCACGGGCGCUGCCGGAGGGAAACGCUCCUGAAAUGGAAACGCAACCUGAUGCCCUGGAUGCAUUUAGAUGGCGAGUAUCUCUACCUGUCCCAGGCAGAAGACAUCCGGGCCUACCGGUUUCGUCCAGACAGUACUGGCCUACAACGCCGUCCUCAAGCCAUCUUCUCCGGCCACCAGGAAGAUGUGUGUCGAUUCGUUCUCGCCAGCUCCCACAUCGUCAGUGGAGGAGGUGAUGGAAAUAUCAUCCUUUCUAAAGUCCAUGGCUCCUUCAGCAUAAAGUUCUCUGCGCAUGAGCAGGAGGUGAACUGUGUGGAUUGUCAAGGGGGCAUCAUCGUGAGCGGCUCCAGGGACAGAACAGCAAAGGUUUGGUCCCUGUCCUCUGGCAGAGUUGGGCAUUGUUUACACACGGUGCAGACUGAGGACCGGGUCUGGUCCAUCGCCAUUAGUCCAUUAUUAAGAGGUAGCAUCAGAAUACUCGAGGGGGUGAUCUCCCGUGAAAUGCCAGCUCUGUGUUCCUUCGUGACUGGGACAGCUUGCUGUGGACACACGUCUCCUCUGAGAACCUGGGACUUAGAGAGUGGGCAGCUGGUGACCUGCUUAGGGACCGAUUUCCACCGAGGAGCCGGAGUCCUGGACAUCGUCUACGAAACGCCGUUCACCCUCCUGUCCUGCGGCUACGAUACCUACAUCCGGUCCUGGGACCUGCGCGUGAGCACGAGGAAGUGUGUCAUGGAGUGGGAGGAGCCCCACGACAGUGCCCUGUACUGCGUGAGGAGUGAUGGGAAUCACAUGAUUGCAAGCGGCUCCGCAUAUUACGGCGUGGUGCGGCUCUGGGACAAACGGCAGAGCAGGUGUUUGCAGAGCUUCUCGCUGUCCUCCCCCACCAGCAGCCCCGUGUACUGCCUCCGCUUCAGCACCACCCACCUUUAUGCUGCCCUGGCGUCUGCCCUGCACGCCCUGGACUUCACCGCCCCCUGAUGCCCGGGCCAAGGUCCUUCCCGCACCACAGCUGCCUCUGGCCGCUCCCAGGUUGGCAGGUCUGAUGCUCCGCUCAGGGAUUGCAGGGCGGGAGAGAGGCAAACGGCCAUGGAGACUUCUCAAGGGAUUCCUUAGCAGCCAGAAAGCAUCUCCCUUGAGCGCUGGAAGAGCCAGAUUGUCUCCGACUCACCUGCCUUUUAGUUUAAAUAAAGGCAAAUUGUCCUUUACUCCUUUUUAUUUUGUACAGUU